AUGGUUAGACUAAGAAGUUCACAAGGAAACUUUUUCACAUUUGAUGAAGAAACAAGAGUGUUUUUCGAUCCAAAAAUCAAUAGAAUCAUAUCGUUAGAAAAUGUUCAACAAUUACGAGAAAAUUUAAAUUCAUCAAAAGAUGUAAAUUUGAAACAAGUUUUGGAUUCAUUAGACCACUGUUUAAGAAAAGUUGAAACUUCAAGUCGUUAUCAUGAUUUCAAAGAUCCAAUAAAGAAUAUUGUUAUCCUAGAUAGACCAAUUGAUAACAUAAAUCCAUUGAAAACUCCUAUAUAUGUAUGCCAACUUUGUUUAGGAUAUGGUGGGUUUGUUAAAGAUAUUGAUCAUUUUAGAUUCUGUCCUAAAUUACAUACAAAAGCCCAAAAGAAAAAUUUCAAAUUAAAUGAUCAAUUAUUUAAAGAAUAUCUUGGGUAUGGGUUUGAUGGUUCAUUAAACGAAACAAGAAAAUUCUUAAUUAGUCGCAGAUGGAAAGAUUCAACUGAUGAACCAGAACCUGAUUUCAUUGAUUCUCAAUUAAAAUGGCAAUCAAAAAAUAUAGUUGUUAUAUCAAAUGUUAUAAAAUGUAACAAUUCAAAUAAUCUCAUUACAAAUAUUUCAGGAUCAAGAAUAUUGAAUCCAUUCACCGAGGAAAUUGAAAUGUAUUUAAUUGAAAAAAAGACACCAAACUUUGAUACAAUUUUAUAUAUCUUAAAUCAAUGGGAUAUAUGGAACAAGAAACCAAAUUAUUAUAAAAGGUUAGACUCUGAUUCGAAUAUUAAAUUUAUUGAUCAAAAUUUCUCAAAUGCAAUACCAAGAAAAUUAUCAAUUUAUGUAUGUCAAUCUUGUAAAGAGUUUGCUACAAGAAGUUAUACUGAUCGAAUGAUUCAUCAUAUAGGGACUUGUUCAAAUAAUGUUACUGAGAGUGCAAUAAAUGUUUAUUCAGAGUAUUAUGAAUUAGAUACAUUAGAUCAAGAGGGGAAAAAUCCAAGAUGUCAUUUCUUGAUCAAUAAGAACACUUUCAGUAAAGUGUUAAAAUUAGAAGAUUUCAUCUUGAACAAGUUUGAUGGUAAUAAGGAAGAAAGUGUGGAGGUUUUCAGUAGUAACUAUGGUGCAACUGAAAAGGCUGAUGAUGUUACAAAAGAAGAAGAACUAAACCAGGUGAAAGAACGUCUUAAUCAAUUUAACCAGAAUAGAACACUGACAGAUGAGGUCCCAGUGGAAACAACAACUAGACCUUCAUUUAAUCCAAUCUCACAAGAUCAAAUUGAUCCAACAAAUCAUGCACUUCUAGAUGAAAUUGAUGAUGGUGAAUUGGCAGAUAUUGAAACUCCAGCAAAUGAGGAAGAGGAAGAGGAAUCUGAGAAAAAAUCAGAAAUACCAGAAGACCCCAAAACAAAUAAUGAUUUUGAGUUUGAAUAUGGAAAAGAAGAUGAAUAUAAUACUAUUUAUCAAGAUGGAAACAACAACACAAUAAAGAAGGAAGAAACGCAUACGAAUGAUCAAACUCUUAAUCGAAAAGAAUCAAGUAUUAAACUGAUAAGAGUUGAAAGUGAUGGUGAACUCUCUUAUCCAAGUUCUGAAAUAGAAGAAAUUGAUUCUAUUACAUUUUCUCAGUUACGAUCACCUAUUAAAAAUUUGAAAAAAUUUAAUUUAAAUUCUACACCUCCAAGUUCUAAAGAUUCUAAAAUUGAGAACUUACCAAGAUUAUCAUCAUCAUCAAGUAUUGAAUUAUUACAUAUAUCACCAAAAGGCUCCAAAAGUGAAAACUUUUUUGAAAAAACAAGUGACUUUGACCCUGGCUUGACAUCACCUUUAGCAAAAGGAACUGAUAUUGAUGUGUCUGAUAAAGAUGUUAAUGAAGUUAAUAAACAUGAUAAUGUUCCAGCUUUAAAAUUAGAACAAGAUGAUGAGCAUGUUGAUAGUGAUGAGAUAACAAGAGAUUAUGAAAAAUAUGUACUUGGUAAAGGUGAUGAUGAUGCAGAAGAAGAUAAAUUAGAAAAUAAAUCAGAUCAUGCUAAUAAGGAAGAUACUCAAUCUAAAUUCACAUUAUUUGUUGAUGAAGAGAGUAGUUCAGAUGAAGAUUUUUUCACACCAAAGAAUGAUCCAUAUGAAAAAGAAUAUCCAGAAAGUAAUGAUCCAAUAAUAUCUUCACAAAAUUUACAAAGUUCACCACCAAUAUCACCAAUAAAAUUUAAAAAUAAAUUAGAUAUUGAUUCAACACCAAGAGUUUUACCACGGAUAAUUCCAACAUCACAAAAUUUUGAUGGUAGUCCUACAAAGAAACAAAAAGUACAAACUACAAAUCAAUCAAAUGGGGAUACAAUCAAAUUACCUUUCUUUAAAUUGAUUCCAACACAGAAUAGAGUCAUGAGUGAUGAGGAGUUUAGUGACUAG